AUCCUGAGAGGCCGGACCGGAGAUUUGUGUCGCUGGGCAGGGAGGAGUCCUCUCUGUUAUUCCACUGGUAGCUGAAGCAGGGCCAGCAUGUCGGCUUUAUAACAACACAUCCCUCUGAAAGCUGUGAAGAGGAACAAAUGCAGGCGUAGAGGAUGGAUGUGGAGGUGAGUGCUGGCAGGGACAGCACCUGGAGAGCAGCAGUGGCGGAUGAUGAUGAUGAUGCAGGAGGAGGAAGCAUGGAGGCUCAGGUCGUACCGCUGGAGCUCUACGACUCGGCAAGAGCCAAAAUAGACGCAAAUCUCCGCUGGUUGUUUGCCAAAGCCUAUGGUAUAGAUCACAUACCUGCUGACCUACGGGACCCCUUCUAUACUGACCAGUAUGAACAGGAACACAUCAAGCCUCCCAUCAUCCACCUACUGCUGGCUGCAGAGCUCUACUGCCGGGUGUGUGGGCUCAUCCUGCACGCUGAGCAGGUCACCUCGCUCCAAAGCCACCAGUCUGUCAUCCAGGCUCUGUCCAGGAAAGGCAUCUAUGUCCUGCAGGCAGACAACACGCCUGUCUCUGAUCUGGACCUCAGCUCGGCUCCCAUCAAGAUGAGCUCACACAUCCACCUCAUCGACGCCCUGAUGAUGGCUUAUACCGUGGAGAUGAUCAGCAUUGAGAAGGUUGUGUCCAGUGUCACGCGUUUUUCCAACUUCAGUGCCUCCAAGGAGCUGCCUUUUGACCUGGAGGAUGCAAUGAUCUUUUGGAUCAACAAGGUGAAUUUAAAAAUGAGGGAGAUUGUAGAGAGAGACUUAAAAAUGAAGAAACAUCUGCUGGAUUCACCCAGUCACCAGAAGUCUCCCUCCAAAUGGUACUGGAAGCUUGUUCCUGUGCGUUACCGCAGAGAUCACCUGUCCGGUCGGACUCUGCAGCACUUCCCCAUGUUGGAUGACCUGUUGAAGGAUGUAUCUGACGGCACGGCUCUGCUUGCUGUGGUCCACUUCUACUGCCCAGAACUCAUCAGACUGGAAGAUAUUUGUCUGAAGGAGAUUCCCUCCAUAGCAGACAGCGUGUACAACAUCCAGCUUCUGAAGGAGUUCUCCAAUGAAUACCUGAACAAAUGCUUCCACAUGAAACCCGAGGACAUGCUGUAUUCUCCACCUGUACUAAAGAGUAACGUGAUGGUCUUUAUCGCUGAGCUCUUCUGGUGGUUUGAGAGCGUGAAGCCAGACUUUGUGCAGCCCAGGGAUCUGCAGGAAAUCAAAGAUGUGAGAUUGCUGCUGCAGCCGAAGAGUUCCCGAUCACAUGUUCCCAUUUCAAGUGUCACCAAGCGUAGUUUUAUAAAAUCAUCAAGCUCUGCCGACGUCUUGACGACCCCACCAAGCCCUGAACUCAGCUCCAAAUCAAACUCAUUAAGUCCAUCUCACUCAUUGCUGCCCUUGAGACAGAGACAACAGAAAGGAGUGGAGGAGAGCACUUCAGAUCUGAGAAGGAGGCCUGUGUCUAUGGCACAUACUGACAGGCAGCAUCAGGGCUCAGUCUUGGCCUGGCCAGAGAGAAGGCAGAGGCCUUUGUCCCAGCCGGUUCCCUAUGCCCUGCAUUACCCCCUGGAGGAUGACGCAGACAACAUCAGUCUGCCUCGCUCCAUCAGCAAAGACAGCCUGGCUUCUAAUAAGCUGAACAUGACUCCAAAACACCAGUUCCCCAGUUCUCACCACAGACUCAGCGGUCAGAGCCUGCUCAGCCACAUGCGAAUAGAAGAUGAAGAGGAGGAAAUAGAAGAGGAGGAACUGGUGGCUGUAAUCCAUCCUUCUGCGCUUCCUCGCCAUCGAGUCGGGAGUGACAUGGAGCAGGAUGAGCUGGAAAUCCCCAGUGCAACAUCUAUGUCUAGGGUCUCUUCUACUGAUAGAUCAACAGCUCCCUUUACUUUAGACCAACAGGCAGACAGCUACUUCCUGGAGCCUUUGAUGCCUGCUGUCCCAAAGCCAGCCAAAGAAAAGAGUGUCAAUCUGAACAAGGAGGAAGAGAGUGGUGAAAGUCGCUGCAGAGGGGCCGCAGCAGCCAGAAAGACUUCCACUAACAUCCCAAGACUGUCACAGAGGAAAAGCCCUGCAGCAGAGUCAAACAGAAACACCUUUACGCCCAUACCUGCGGUUGAAUCAGUCCCAAGAUCUCUCAGGCCUCCCACAGAUGGAUCAAUAGGUAUUUCUCAGCAGCCCCAAGGCUUCUUUCUGCAUUUAUCAGGAGAGACAGAUGUAGGCCUUGACUCUGAUUCCGACAUUGCAGACAUUGAGGAAGACGAGGAGGAGGAGGAUCAGAUUGAGCUGGCUAAAGAGAGAUUAAAGGGGCGAUAUUUACUAGAGGGAGACUUGUGCGGGUUAGGAGAAGUUGAAGGCGAGUCAGCCAAACUGAGAGAAGACUCAAAGGUGAGCGAGCGGGACGAUAAAGAGGACUACAGCGGACGAUCAAGUCCCUGCCUCAGCACCAUAUCGUGGGCGAGCAGCUGCAGUGCAUCAGGCAGCACCAGUGUCAAGAUGACCAGCUUUGCAGAGAGAAAGCUCCUUAAACUCGGCCUCCGUGAGGGAUUUUCGAGCACCAGCAGUUCUCAGAAAACCACCCCGGAUGGCUCUGAGGGUGCGCCCUGCCCUCCGUGGCAGCUGAAGAGUGACUACAGUUCUGGUUGGCUAUCAAAGGAGCCCAGCGCCAUGUUGGGGAAGAGUUUGACAGGGAGUCCUCCAGUUGUGCCUUCAGAGCUGCUGCAGCUUCACAUGCAGCUGGAAGAGCAAAGACGAGCCAUUGAGUAUCAGAAGAAGAAGAUGGAGACUCUGGCAGCACGGCAGAGGCUAAAGCUUGGAAAAGCUGCCUUCUUGAACAUCGUGAAGAAGGGUGGAGGAAGGAGCGACACGCUCCCACUGCCACUGAAACACUCCCAGUCCACAGAACUCCCCGACAGGAGCAGAGUGGUGACUCAGUUGUGCAAAGAUGACUCCUGCCUUGAUGGUCUGAAGUUCCAGGCAAAGCCAGGCCAACCAGAGGGAGGACAUUUAAACCGAGACAACAGGUUGAACACUCCGUCACCUGAUAACGGAGCUGAGCCUGACUUGAACGACUGCUCCCACUCCAUCGAUCUGCUCAAUGAAGCCAUCAGCUCAAUCCAGCAACAGAUGAUGCAGCUCUCUUUACAGCAGGACAUGCUCAUGAAGCGGGUGUCACCUAAUGUGACACCUAACAUGACACCUAGUGUGACACCUAAUUUGACACCUAAUGUGACACCUAAUACGGAAUUUGAACAUACAGAAUCAAGCGAAAGCACAACAUCCAACACCACCCAGUCAAACUCCUCCACCCCAGAGUCUAGAUCAUUUGCAGUUCACUUCGUCGAUAUCGGUGGAAGCAGCUCUGCUCCUACUCGCCGUCCACCCAAGCUGAGCUCCAGCCAACGCAGCAAAACCUUGGAGCAAAAACUCAGCAGAGAAAACAGCAAGAAGGCUUCUAGCAAGUCCAACACUCCUUCUCCUAGAGAUGACUCAAGUAUAGACCAGAGUGAGGAGACUUCAGUCGAGCCCUCCAGGUUAGAGAGAAGUAUUCAGAGAAAAGCCACCUUCAGAAUCCACGAUGACCCCAACAGACGCAGCAGCAAAGAAGGAACUGCACCUUCCCCAGAUAAAACUCUAUCACAGGACCUACAAGUCAUUAGAAAUACAACAAUGCCUCCCUCAGCGGCUGAAGAACAAGGUGAGAAUAAUGUGACAAACUCUGGGAAGGAGGCUAUGGCAGAUGAGAACACCAGGACCAAAGGCCAUCUCAUUGAGGUCGACCUGUCAGAGCUUAAGGACCCACAGGAAGAUGGUGGUGCAGAUGGUGACGACUGUACAGCAGAUGGAGAACAGAAGAAUGUGCUCGGCUUCUUCUUUAAGGAUGAUGAGAAGGCAGAGGAUGAAAUGGCGAAACGUCGCGCUGCCUUCCUCCUCAAACAGCAGCGUAAAGCCGAAGAGGCCAGACUACGAAAACUACAGCAAGAGGCGGAGAGCGAGCUCAAACGUGACGAGGCCAAGCGGAAGGCAGAAGAAGAGCGUGUUCGUAAGGAGGAGGAGAAGGUGCGUCGAGAGCUUAUAAAGCAGGAAUACCUGCGGAGGAAGCAACAAGCGCUGAUGGAAGAGCAGGGUCUGGUCAAGCCCCGUCCAAGAACUAAAUCCCGCAAGAGCAGGCCAAAAUCGCUGCACCGUGAGGGAUCCAACAGUCUCUCUAAGGGAUCCACCGCCUGUAAUUCUCUGAAGGUGUCCAUGUUGAUGAAAGGGAAGGGCUCAGCAGCAGCAGGCUGCAGGGGAGCUGAUCUCAGCUGCAGUCAUCGAGGAUCGACGCUAUCUUUGGCGACUGAGGGUGACAGUGUCAUCUCAGGAGAGGCAGAGUCUAACAGAGCUGGAUCUGUUUGCUCUAUGGAUUCAUUUCCCCCGAUGAGCAGAGCAUCCAGCCGGAACAUGGAUAGGGACUGGGAGAACGGUUCAAUAGCAUCCUCUGUCGCCUCAGUGGAGUAUAAUGGUCCCAAACUCUUCAAGGAGCCGAGCUCCAAGUCCAACAAGCCAAUCAUCAUCAAUGCCAUCGCUCACUGCUGUCUAGCUGGAAAGGUUAAUGAAGCCCAAAAGAACGCCAUUCUGGAGGAGCUGGAAAAGUGCGAGUCCAAUCACCUGAUUAUCCUCUUCAGAGAUGGCGGCUGCCAGUUUCGUGCCAUUUACUCCUACUCACCUGACACAGAGGAGAUCAUCAAGUUCACAGGCACGGGACCGCGCACCAUUAGCCGAAAGAUGGUCGACAAGCUGUACAAAUACAGCUCAGACCGCAAGCAGUUUAACGUCAUCCCCGCCAAGACUGUGUCUGUCAGCGUGGACGCCCUGACCAUCCACAAUUACCUGUGGCAGGUGAAGAGACCAGGAAGUGCACGCAGGAAGUGAGGAAGAGGGAGGACAUUUGUUAUAGUUUCUGUUUUAUCUCUUUACGUUGGGCAGGACCCAAUAAUAUGAGGAAUUGACCUAAUCAUGGAAAUGAUUUGACCUUAGGGAUUCGAUGUGCUGAUUCAUGGAAACUUGAGUCUGGCAGACAACCAAACAGCUGCCUACUGGAUAUUUUUUUUUCUUUUAGUCUUGUUAGCUUUGAUUUCUGCAUGUGACACUUUUAUGCUUUCAUUUGUGGUACCUUCUACAUUUCUAGGCACUAUUCACCGUUGUUACACUGGGGCUUUACUUUCCUCUGACAGGGUGGAAGCUAAAAUGUUGAUAGAUGGCGUGCUGCUGUGUUCUGUCAAAAAAACAUAAUUUUACAAACAGUCCAUUAAUGAAAACCUGAUAAGACAGUGGAUAGUGAAACUCUGGAGGGAUAAUGGGCCAUAUAUCAAGCUAAACCGGCAUAUUUGUACCCUUGGAAUGCUGUUUUAUAAGCUAUAAACAAUUUGAAUUAGACCAAGAAAGUAGCUCUUUAUUUUUUCUUUGUCUCUAUGCUUAUUGGGGCUGCCUAUUAUUUAUAAUCUCAAGGACAGUGGUGUCCAAACUGUGGCCAAAUGCAGCCUUUGUCCACUUUUGAUGUGCUCGCAGCAAAUUAAAAAAAUACAAUGAAAUAUGGCCCACAUUAAAACAUGUGGCAUUUGCUUGACUGUAUUGUACAUCUUCAUUUCUGCACAAGAUGGUGCUACCAUGCUUAUUUUUUAAACAAACAUUUUGACAAGAACUUCAAAAAUCCUGAAAUAUCCUUUUAAACCAGUGGUGUCAAACUCGAUCACAGCAGGGGUCGGAUUCUGAAUUUAGGUCCAACCUGAGGGCCUAACAGGGUCCACAUUUAAUCAUAAACUGUCAACAUAAUUUUCACCACUAAUGAAAUAUAGAAAAACAGAACUGAUGAAAGAUGAUUUUAAGUUUUAAAAAAAAGUCCAAAUUAUACGUUUAAAGUCUCAAAAUCUAAGCUAAAAUGACAAACUUAUUAGUUUAAAAGGUCAAAGCAUGAAAUUAAAAGUCAAAAUAAAGUUUUUUAAAGGCAAAAAUAUUAAAUAGAAAUUUGAAAUAAGUUUUAUAGGUCAAAAUAUGGGAUAUAAUUGGAAAUCAUGACUGAAAGGUCAAAAUGUGAAAUAAAAUUCAAAUCACAAGUUUUAAAUUUGUAACGCUUUAAAAAGUUUUUAAAGUCAGUUUUCAGAGUUUUCAAAGGUCAAGAUAUAGGAUUAAAAGUCUAGGUUAGGAGUUGUAAAGGCCAAAAUGUGGGAUAAAUUUCAAAAUCAUGAGUUGAAAAGGUCAAAAUAUGACUUGAAAUUUAAAAAAAUUCAUUCUAUGUUGUCAAAGUAUGAGAUAAGAAGUCAAUUAUGAAUUGAAAAGGUCUAAAUAUGAAAUUAAAAGCCAAAAUCGUAAGUUUAAGUUGUAAUUUUCAUAUGCAAAAAAUUUGGCAUGAUACAACUAAUUAAUUCUUGGCUUUUUAACCCUUCAGUUUUCUCUUUACUUUUUCAAAUUUUGACUUAACAAGGAUAUUUCAGACCAACAAGGUAAAAUUGACAUUUUUAUACAGGAGGAAAUCUGCAGAUCUCAUACCAGUGGGCCAGUUAGAAUAAAAAUAUGAUCUGAUCUCGCGGGCCGGGUAUUACUGUUCCACGGGCCGGAUUUGGUCCCCGGGCCUCCAGUUUGACACCCCUGCUUUAAACUAUAAGCAUUAAACCAUGCUUCAAUAACCUUUGCUGUGUAUAGUGGCCAUUAUAAACGUUGCUGUUUGUUCUGUGGAGAAGCACUGCAACCUUAUAUAAGCUGAAGAAUUUUUGGUAUGAAAACCUGCAUCUUUCAUUGGAACAAGUAUCCUGGAUCAUAAAUGCAUGUCUGAAGUUUGCAAAAAAACAAGCCUGGAAAUCAGUCCAGUUUCCUGCAAGUUAGAAGCAUUUUAAUCAUAGAUAGACCUCCUGCCCUCAUUGACUUACAUUCGUUAUUAGUCACGACU